AUAAAAACGUCGCCCGGUGGACAAUUGGACAUCACAGUUCAGUCUGCCUUCCAGCUAAUCACACCUAGCUAACCCCAAUCCCCAAAAAAACCAAUCAAGAUGUUCGCCAAGAUUGUGCUCGUUGCUCUUUGCGUGGCUUCCGCCCAGGCUGGUCUGCUUCCCUUCCACGCUCCUGCUCCACUGGCUGCUCCUCUGGGAACUCCAUUCGCAGCUCCUCUGGGAACUCCAUUUGCUGCUCCUCUGGCUGCUCCUUUGGCUGCUCCUCUGGCUGCUCCUCUGGCUGCUCCUCUUGCUGCUCCUCUGGCUGCUCCUCUGGCUGCUCCAGUGGCUGCUCCUGUGGCAACUGCUGGUGUGGUGGCUCCCUAUGCCUCCAGCUACAAUGCGCACCGCAUCAACCACGCCGUAGCCUUCCCAGUGGCUCCUGCUCCCGCGCCAGUGGCCUUCGCUGCUCCAGUUUCCGCUCCCCUUCCCGUUCCCGUAGCUGCCUCUGCUCCGGCUCCAGUUGCCUUUGCUGCUCCUGCUCCUCUGCCAGUGGCUGCUCCUGCUCCCGUGGCCUUUGCUGCUCCCGCCAAGGUUGGAUUCGCCGCUCCUCUGGGAUUCGCUCCUGCUCCGGCGCCUCUGGCAUUCGCCGCUCCCGCCAAGUUUGGAUUCGCUCCCUUCGGCGCUCCUCUAGCUGCUCCCCUGGCGGCUCCAGCGCCUCUGGCCGUCGCUCCCAAGUUCGCCCCCCGCCCCGUACUUCUUCUAAGGAUUCUCAAGAGGAUCGCCCAGAUCACCACCAUCCGUCCUAUUAGCUCGUAGAACUUAGCCCAAAUCUUCAUCCCUAGAGAGCAGCAAUGCUUGGCGAAUAAACUAUUCAUUAAUCAAUUUA